AUGCCAGAGUCUAGAAGAAACAUUCCCAAUAUUAUCAUUACCGGUACCCCAGGAUGCGGUAAGUCAUCACAUUCGCAAUCACUAGUCGACCAGCUAAAUCGAGGAUUCGCCAAAGAGACAACGAUAAAGUUCAAGCAUUUCGAUGUCAGUGCCUUUGCAAAAGAACGUGAAUGCCUUGAGUCUUACGAUAAGGACCUAGAUACCCAUGUUGUUGACGAGGAUAAAUUGUUGGAUGAAUUGGAACCAGAGUUGGAAAAAGGUGGUGCUAUCGUAGAUUGGCAUUGUUGUGAGAUAUUUCCUGAACGGUUGAUUGACCUAGUUGUUGUUUUACGAACAGAUAAUUCGAAGUUGCACGAGAGAUUGACAAAGAGGAAUUACAAGGAUAACAAAAUACAGGAGAAUUUGGACUGUGAGAUAAUGGAGGUCAUCUUAACAGAGGCAAAGGAGAGCUAUAUACCUGAGAUUGUUAUUGAAUUGAGAAGUGAUAAAGCUGAGGACUUGGAUGAAAAUGUGGAUAGAAUUAGCGCCUGGGUUGAAAAUUGGAUCAAAGACCAUCCAAGGGGAGUUACAAACGAAUUGCAAGCCGCGGAUGGUGCGGUUAACGACAGCGAUGAUGACGAGGAAGAUAAUGAGGAUGGCGAGUUGGUAACCAGUGGAGAAGAUGAAGGUCUGUAUGUUCCAGACGAGGAGGAAGAUUCAGAUGAUGCUCUUGCUAGUUACCACGAGUCGGAAGACCCCGCUACUGUGGAAGAAGGUCUUACCGACCAGCAGAAGUUCGAUCUUGAGCAAAAAGAGCAAAAUGAUGUGGAUGUACUUAAUGAAGAAGACGAGGAAACGAAUGAGUACGAUGAGCACCAAGAGGAUGUGUCGGAGUAA